UCCCUCUCUUUCCAGUUGUCCAUGCUUCCANCUUUUUCACCCUCUUCAUGUACUGAUUCCUUUUCCAAUUUCUGAUUCCUCCAAUCCCACCCCUUUCUCUCUCUCUUCCCCCCACUGAGAGCAAGGGAGAGAGGAAGAGGGAAUCGGUUCUAGAUUAGUAGUCGGAGUAGAAGUAGCAGUGGCAGCAGCACAGCAGCAGUGUGGUAACUGCUCAAAAGGCGUUGGGAGGAGUGGGAGAGGAAAAAUUCCGGAGCCAUGCAGCAGCAGCAAGGAGGGUCCCAAUAUGGGGUGCCUCCUCCUCCGCCGGAUAUGACCCCAUUCACCUCCCCCCGAGCUCACAUGCUCGGAAUUUCCAACCCCGACCCCCUCCAGCAGCAGGCCCCGCCGCAGCCUCAGCUCGCCGAGGCCGCCUCCCCCAUCAGCAGCCGCCCGCCGCCACCCGGCACCGCCUCUCGCCCACCAUCCUCCAAUUUCGAGGAAUUGGUCCCCUCCGUGCCAGGGAAUUUCCCCGAUGAGGAGGCCCUCGCGGCCGCCGGCGAGGACAUCGAGCGCGGCGGCGCAACGGGCAACCGGUGGCCCCGUCAGGAGACGCUCGCCCUCCUCAAGAUCCGCUCCGAGAUGGACGCCGCCUUCCGGGACGCCACCCUCAAGGGCCCCCUCUGGGAGGACGUCUCCAGGAGGCUAGCGGAGCUGGGCUACAAGAGGAGCGCAAAGAAAUGCAAGGAGAAGUUCGAGAACGUCCACAAAUACUACAAGCGCACCAAGGAAGGCCGUGCCGGCCGCCAGGACGGCAAGAGCUACCGCUUUUUUAGCCAGCUCGAAGCCCUCCAUAGCGGCAGCAGCUCCUCCGCCGCCGCCCCCGCUCCCGCCACUGCACCGGCCCUCACCACCGCCGCAGCCGUCGCCAACGCCGUCCCGACAACCCCAAUUGGGAUCAGCACCGGGAUCGCGGGCCCCUCCUCCGCUAGAAUCCAACCUCCUCCCGUCUCCGCCGUGGCCCCACCUCCCAUGGCGAUGCCAACACGGGUCGCCACCGAGCUGACCCCCGCCACCGGUGUCACACCGUCCGGGAUCUCCGGCUCCGCCACCGCCGCCGCCGCCGGGAUCAGCUUCUCGUCCAACACCUCCUCCUCAUCGUCCUCCGAGUCCGACGACGAGGAGACCGAGGAGGCUGGCGGGAGCCGGGAAGGACGGAAACGGAAGCGCAGUGGAUCUGGGAGCAGUCGGAAGAUGAUGGUGUUCUUCGAGGGGCUGAUGAAGCAGGUGAUGGAGCGGCAGGAGUCCAUGCAGCAGCGUUUCUUGGAGACCAUCGAGAAGAGAGAACAGGAUCGGAUGAUUCGAGAGGAGGCUUGGAGGCGGCAGGAGGUGGCGCGGCUCAACCGGGAGCACGAGCUCCUUGCCCAGGAGCGUGCCAUGGCCGCGUCCCGUGACGCCGCCAUCAUUUCCUGCAUCCAGAAGAUCAGCGGCCAGACGAUCCAGCUGCCAACCGUGCCCGCUACUCCCGUCCAUGCAUCCUCCGUACCACCGCCACCGGCACCACCUCAGCAACAAAGCCAACAGUCGCAGCAACAGCAAAGGCCGCCAACACCGAUGCAGCCAUCACAACAGCAGCAAGAGUUUCACCAACACCACCAAAGCACGGAGAUCGGACGGCAUCAGGUGUCAUCUUCUUCAGAGCUGGUACCGGUCCCGGAGCAGCAGGAGCCGGUCCGGACAGUGAACUUCGAGCCUGUGUCGCCCUCGCGGUGGCCCAAGGCGGAGGUCCACGCGUUGAUUAAGAUGCGGAGCGGGCUAGAGUCAAGGUACCAGGAGGCUGGGCCCAAGGGCCCGCUGUGGGAGGAGAUCUCGGCCGGAAUGCAGCGGCUUGGAUACAACCGCAGCGCCAAGAGGUGCAAGGAGAAGUGGGAGAACAUCAACAAGUAUUUCAAGAAAGUCAAAGAGAGCAACAAGAAGCGGCCUGAGGAUUCCAAGACCUGCCCAUACUUCCACCAAUUGGAUGCCCUUUACCGCAAGAAGAACCUCGGCGGCGGCGGCGGCGGCGCUGUCGGAAUUCAGCGGCAGCAAGAGCACGAAACUGAUACCAAUCCCAACCCACAAGAACGGAGUGAUGUUCCCAUAACCAUGGCACCGCCACAGGCGCCACCACCAUCACAACAGCCAUCAGCAGAGACCGAAGCCAAGGAUGGCAACAACAACAACAGAAAUGGCGUCAAUUCUGAGGGCGGCGGAGGGUCAGGCACUAUACAGAUACAGACCAGCAAUGGGGGACUUCCACCGAGCUUCUUUGAAGGAGGCAGCAGCGCCGGUGGCAUGACGAUGAAGAAGCCAGAAGACAUUGUGAAGGAGCUGAUGGAUCAACGGCAGCAGCAGUCGACCAUGGAGGAUUAUGACAAGAUGGAGGAUCCUGACAGCGAUAACAUCGAUCAAGAUGACGAUGACGAUGAUGACGAGGAUGAUGAGGAUGGGAAGAUGCAAUACAAGAUACAGUUCCAGAGGCCUAAUGUGGGCGGUGGCGGAGGGACAACGUCCACAGCGGCCCCGACUGCAGGUUCCUUCUUGGCCAUGGUUCAGUAGAUCUACGAUCCCACCACCAUUUAUCCCUUCUUCCUCUCACUGUACCAUAUGUACCUAUUGUUACCAACAACCAUCUACGACCUAGGCUUCUCGACACCCAAAACUCUUCCUCCUCCUCUUCUUCUUCUCCUCCUCUUUUUCGAUCUUGAGUGCAUCAUCAUCUUUCUACCGUCACCUUUGUCUUCUUCGUCUUCUUCUUCUUCUUCUUGUUCAACUCCAUCUUCUGCUUACCGGCACUAUUAGUUGCAGCGUAAAUGUGACAUGGUUCAACAUAAAAGUUUUUCUGGAUGAUGAUGUCCGUUGCGUCAAUCCAUCCUUCGCUAUUUAUUGAUUUGUUGUGGAAUAAGAAUCCUCUUCGGCCAAUGGAAGGGGGCGGACAUGGACCAAAGGCGGUAAUAAGCUCGCGCAAACAGCAUCCACAAGAGGCCCACAGGGAGGGGGAAAAAGGAGGCAUCGAGAAUUGGCAUCCGGCUUUCUACAUUGGGACGGAGGAGCAGAGAGAAAGUGGCAUAACAAUCCUCAGCGUCGACAACAAGAAGCCUGCUUCCCUUCCCUCACAAUUUGUAUAUCCACACUGUUUGUCUCCAAAGCUCAAUCUCUAUUUCUCUCUCCUCUGUGUGACUUCCAGUUUAAGAGGACCCAUAACCAAAGGAAAAAUAAACAUUAAAAAAAAAAAAAAAAA